AUGCAAUAUUUCGAUGAAAACAUCGGUGUUUUUCACCACGAGGCCGGUCAUUCGAGGACUAUGUCACUCAAUCGCUCUCUGAUCCUCACCCUGGACCGCUAUUUUCCCCUCGCAUUGCAACUUUGGACGAUAUCUGUAGAGAAUAUGAAAUAUGAGGCUCAACUGGUACCAGCACUGCAUCGAUGUAGCUCUAACCGUGGACACGUUGCGGAUCAUGUCGAACGAGAUGGUUUGGAGUCAUCCGUCAAGCAAAUGGGCCCCGGGGUGCACGCAAUGCUUGCGGCCUCAUCAUAUGUCUGGGACCUCAUCAUCAUCUAUCUCCUGACAUUCUUUAUUCUUGGAAUUUUACCAGCGUUCCCGCCUCCAUCUUUUGUAGAGCCGGAGUUAGCGUUCGAUUGUUUGCUUCGAGAGAUGAGUCCUUCGAAUUGGCGUGACGUCAACCGACUGGACGGCGUGGAUGAAUGGGAUUCUGCUAUUUCCAUAGCUUCAUCCAAUGGUCUUGUACACAAACAAGAAAUAGAGGGUGCAGAUGAUAAAGAACGAGCUGGCAGAAGAAAGGCGCAUGGUGGAUGGUAG